AUGGACAAACACGAACAACUCAAGUACACGCCUCUCCAAUCCUUUGUAGAGUCGUCGUUUUUCACAAAGCUUUCAGAGAGAAAACUUAACGAAUACAAACUUGAUGCUUCCACCAAACUGAUUGGAGGAUUCAUGACGUCUCCACGCCAGCUUAACAAGUUCAAUGACCGGCCCAUUAUCAACCUCGAUUACUCCAGUUUCGAGCCUAUAGGAGAAGAUGAACUAACGACUUUCAUUCCUGGAUUGCUUCACAAUGUAAACACCAUUGAGGAGUUCAAGCAGCUAGACAAACACCAACUUCUUCGCGAUUGGUGCUCUGAACUCAAGAAGGGAAUGGCGCAUGGGAAAGUUGAAGAGACGUUCCAUUUAUUGACCUUUUCUGACUUGAAGAAGUACAAAUUCUACUAUUGGCUAGCGUUUCCCACCAUACACUCACAGUGGAAUGUAGUGGAGAGAAGCAAUAAUAACGAGUAUGAGCUUCAGAUCGAGGCAUCCUUGGGGGAGAAUACAGGUUCUUUUUUCCAGAUCUUGCCAGAAUCCGAUGAGAUGGUGGGAAUUGACAAGUUAACCUCUGCAACAGAGGGAAAGUUCGCCUAUUUGGACUCGUGUAUUAGUCCAGAUGGCAAUCCUCUGAUUCAGCUCAAGAACUAUCUAUACUUGGUAGCGACAAAGGGCUUCCAGACCAUUACUGUCUAUGUCUACAGAAACAAUGGUCUGUCUUAUACCCUCAAACUUGUCCUUGAUCCUUCUUUUGAUGCUGAGGAUGAGCCCAAAGUGACAGGUUGGGAGAGAUCGGUCCUGGGCAAACUUGGGCCGAAGCUCGCAGAUUUGGGCUCGCUCAUUAACCCAAAGCAAUUGGCAGAUCAGGCCGUUGAUUUGAACUUGAAGCUCAUGAAGUGGCGUGUAGCGCCCCAAUUGGAUUUGGAUACUAUCAAAGAGCAGAAGGUGUUGCUUCUAGGAGCUGGAACUCUCGGAAGUUAUGUGGCACGAGUAUUGAUGGGUUGGGGUGUCCGGAACAUCACAUUUGUCGACAAUGGAAGGGUGUCGUAUUCCAAUCCUGUGAGACAACCACUUUUUGCCUUCAAGGAUUGUUUCAGUGACUCCAACCAGGGAGCAUUUAAGGCAACCAGAGCAAGCGAGUCAUUAAAGGAAAUUUUCCCUGGUGUUACUUCUACAGGAUAUAAUAUUGAAGUUCCAAUGAUAGGACACCCAGUGAGCGCUGGCAGUGAAGAAAGUGUGAAGGAAAACUACGAGACCCUUGAGCGGCUUUUCGUAGAACAUGACGUGAUCUUCUUGCUUAUGGACUCUAGAGAAUCUCGCUGGCUUCCCACCUUAAUGGGUGUAGCCCAUAACAAAUUGGUUAUCAACGCAGCUUUAGGUUUUGAUAGCUAUCUUAUUAUGAGGCACAGUCCUCUAGACAUGACGGAACGUCUUGGCUGUUACUACUGCAAUGAUGUUGUUGCUCCUACAGAUUCCCUUACCGACAGAACUUUAGAUCAGAUGUGUACCGUAACUCGACCUGGUGGUGCAUUGAUGGCAUCUUCACUAGCUGUGGAGCUACUUGUAUCCAUUUUGCAACAUCCUCAAAAACAGAGUGCGCCAGCAGGUAGUAGCACUAAUUUUGGGGAGGUUCCACACCAAAUCAGAGGAUUUCUACACACUUUCAAUCAGUCUAAGCUUUCGAUUCCAGCGUACAAGCAUUGUUCUGCGUGCUCCAAGGGAGUAGUUGACUUGUACAAACAUGAAAAGUGGGAAUUUGUCAAGAGAUGUUUGAACAGCACCGAAUAUCUUGAGAGGGUCUGUGGAUUGAAGCAGGUACAAGAAGAGGCCGAAAGGGCAUCAGAAGCAAUGAUGGAAGAUAUGAGUUUCAGUGAUGAAGAUGAUUUUUAG